CGCGGAGGUUGUGGCUGCGCGGGGGAGAUGGCGGAGGCUGAGGGGCUGGCCUCGGCCCCGGACCCUGCGGCAGGAUCGGCUGUUAGGGGCCGCCGAGCCCAGUCGGGUUCCUGGGAGCGCGACCAGCAGGUGGAGGCGGUGCAGCGGGCCCUGGUGCAGGUGCUGGGGCCGUACGAGCCGCUGCUGAGCCGGCUGCAGGCGGCCCUGGUGUGGGAGCGGCCGGCCCGGAGCGCCCUGUGGUGCCUGGGGCUGAACGCGGCUUUCUGGUUCUUCGCACUGACCUCCCUCCGCCUCGUGUUUUUGCUUGCAUUCGGCUUGAUGAUCGUUGUCUGUAUUGAUCAAUGGAAGAACAAAAUCUGGCCUGAAAUAAAAGUGCCAAGACCCGACGCAUUAGACAAUGAGAGCUGGGGCUUUGUGCACCCUCGGCUGCUCAGCGUGCCCGAGCUCUGCCAUCACGUAGCUGAAGCCUGGGUUAGUGGGACCAUUUUCAUAAGGAGUCUUUUGCUUUUCAAAAAGCAGAACCCAGGCAAGUUCUGCCUGCUGAGCUGCGGGGCCCUCACCUUCCUGGCCGUCUUGGGCCGAUGCAUCCCUGGGCUCCUGCUGUCCUACUUGCUCCUUGUCACCGUGCUGACCUGGCCCCUCACCGUGUACCACCGCCUGUGGGACCGGGCCUACGUGCGGCUGGAGCCGGCUCUGCAGCGGCUGGACUUCAGUGUGCGUGGCUACAUGAUGUCCCGGCAGAGGGAGCGGCAGCUGCGCCGCAGAGCUCUACACCCGGAGCGUGCUGGGGACGACCGCAGCGACAGCGAGGAGGAGCUCUCCGCCUUCUGUCCUCAGCUGGACGAUUCUGCUGUGGCCAGGGAACUGGCCAUCACGGACUCGGAGCACUCUGACGCCGAGGUCUCCUGUACGGACAACGGCACCUUCAACCUCUCGAGGGGCCAGACACCCCUGACAGAGGGCUCUGAGGACCUAGAUGGGCACAGCGACCCGGAGGAGUCCUUCGCCAGGGACCUCCCAGACUUCCCUUCCAUUAAUGUGGACCCUGCUGGCCUGGACGACGAGGAUGACACCAGCAUCGGGGUGCCCAGCCUGAUGUUACGGCCCCCGUUGGGGGCAGGGGCCUCCCAGGUGCCCCCUGCCAGCCGGGAUGAGUCUUUGCUGCCCGAGCUCCUGCUCAGCGCCUUGCCUGCAGGGUCCAACCUCACCAGCAACCUUGCCAGCCUGGUCUCCCAGGGUGUGAUCCAAAUGGCUUUGUCGGGGGCCUCCCGGUCAGGCCCUCCUGGCCCCUCAUCCCGGAGAGCAGCCCGAGGCUUCCUGCGGGCCCCCAGCUCUGACCUGGACACGGACGCUGAGGGAGACGACUUUGAACUCCUGGACCAGUCGGAGCUGAAUCAGCUGGACCCUGCUGGCUCCAGGAGCCACUGAGGAGGCAGACUUCUUCCUUGGGUCACUGUGCUUGGGGUUUUUCUCCGACCCUGCUGCCGCAGGUGGGGCAAGGGAAGAGCCCAGGUCCCAUCCCUGAAUUACACUUUCCUGCGGGGCGCCUGGCUGACACACAGAGGCCUGGCCCUGCUCUCCGGGACCUGAUCCUGUUCUUCACCGUGAGGGGUGUGUGCUCCGAAGUCAGGACAGUCCUUGGGGAACUGGUCAGGGUGGAGGUGCUGCUGUCUGCUUUGUGGCCUGGGUGCUCGGGGCCCACCCUCAGGAGCCCCCAGGCCAGGCAGACAAGCAGGAGUUGUCCUGUCUUUUGUGAGACCAUGGCGUGGCUUUUCCAGAGCAGGCUUGUCCCUUGGUUCUGCAGAGCAGGCCUGCGCCCUUCUCACCUGUCCUUGGGGCCCCAGGGCAGAUCCCAGGGUCCUGAAAGUCCUGCUAGCGAGGUUCAGGUGAGGUGAAGACAGGCAUCUUCCAUAUCGCCUCAGCCGCAGGGCUCAGGUGGGUGGGAGUGAGGCCUCUCUGGUGCUGCUGACCCUGGCUCCUCCCACCCCUGGGCUGCACAGUGAGCCAAGCAAUACCGUGUCUAUCCCUGUGUCCCUGUCCCUUCCCAGCACCUGCUGGGGAGGCGAGAGCUUCAGGGGGAUGGCACAGUAGCACUUUACAGGCGGCUCUGACAGGCAUCCCAGGGCCACAGCUGCUCACACCCUGGCCAGCUCCCCACUGCACAGGCCGCCGGCAGGACUGCCAGUCAGGAGAGAGGCCUUGGAGGGCUCUGGCCUUUGGGCUCUGCUCAGAUCACGUGUGAUGAAACCCCUGAUGAUCACUGGGUUCAAGCCUGGGCCAGCCUUUCGCCUUUGCCCCAGCCUGCAGAGCUCAAGCCAAACUUCCUUUCCUCUUGUCCCAACCCUUGCUGAUCCUCAGGGACCACUUCCCCGCAAGGGACGUUGGAUGGAGCCCCAUUCUGCGCCGCGGGUGUCGUGUGCUGACCUGUCUGCUUUUGGCGGACAGAUGGGGGCUCCCGGGGGAAAGAGCUGGUGGUGUUCGUGGUCAUCACUGGGAAGGUUCCCUCUAAGUCUCCAACAGACUUGGAGCAGCCCUGGGGCACGAGGUGUCUUACAGCUGGGCUGCGAUGUGGAGGAGAGAGGUCUGGGAGCAAAGAGUGGGGUUUGCGUUUGCAUGAGUGUAGCUUCCGGCCACGGCGGGAGGGAAGCGGGGCAACACCUCGAUGGUCUUACUGUCCUUGGAGAGCCCGCCGAGCCCGUCCUCCACUGUGAAUCGGGUGGGUGGGGUUGGUGCUGGGGAAUAAAUCUCCGAGAAGAAUCUUUUAA